AAACAACUGCAGUUGAAAGAGGAACUGUAAGUAUUACUGGGUGGCCUCCCAAGUAGACACUUUUUAUAGCUACGCAAGAGGUACCAUGACUGACAAGAAGUAACAGUGCUGUUAUUUUCUUGACUUAUGUUUUUUCUACUCAUGUUGAGCAAAGGUCUUUUCUGCUUCGCGUAGGUAGUAACUUCUACCAGCCAUGAUUGGAGAACUUCUACUCCGGAUUUCUUCGUAGACGAGCAAGAUCAACAAAAUGGCGGAGCAAGAACAAGGAUCAUUGCUUGAGGAUGACGAAGAUCGUGCUUACAUUCGUAGGGUUGCCGAAAAGCGAAAGGCUCUAGAGCUGAGGUGUGAGGAGCUCGAAGCCGAAAACAAGCGACUUCGUGAGUGCGAGGCUGAGAAUAAGCAACUGCGUGAUGCCUACGACACUCUUGUCGCCGACUCAGAAAAGGUGUACGCAGAGAUCGAUCACCUGGGUAACCAGCUUAAAAGCGUGCGGGAAAGCUUGGCCUCUAAAGAAACUGAGAUACGAUUAAGGCAAACAAGGCUCAAAACUAAUGAAUGAUCCAUUUCCCAAACAAGGCUCAUGUUUUCCAUGUCCAUCUUCUGUUGAAGCAUCUAGUUGGACCUGUGGUCGCUGUCCCAUAUACGAGGUGAUGAAACAUAAACACAUCAGGGACAGCAAUCAGCAGCUCCAAAAUGAGUCGUCCCGAGAGAGUCCACCCAUUGCUGGUGACAGAAACACCUUCUCAUCACUCAUAAGAUAUGUGGCCAUACAACUAUGAGUCAAGAUAGAUGGAUCAACAUUUGGGUCGUGAGCUCUAAUACAAGGACUACAGCAAAAAUUAGCGGAUUCUUCGAGUAAGGCAAAUGCAGCUGCGAUGAAAACGUACCAGAAAUUGCGCGCCCACGAUCGAGCCGAGAUCGAGAAGCUGUGCGACCAGCUUCAACAGAAUGUGAAAACAAUUCGCGGAGAGAUGCACGCACAGAUGGAGUUAGGAAUAUUUGGAUGGAUCCCUUCAAUGUCAAUUUUCAUGCUGGGUUUUUCUUGCUUACAACCUCUUUUUUUUGACUUGGUAGAUUGGAAAAACUAAUUUGACGUUGACCACGUGAAGAUUUUAACUUUGAGUCAAAAUGUACAUGUAUCUAUACUAUACGUUUCCUCCAUUGUCUCCACGGGUGGAUUCAUACAUCGCUGGUGCGUUGUUGUGGUGAACAAGCUGACAUCUUCAUCUGAAAGGAGAAGCAAAAAAAUAAGCACUUCUACUCAACUUAAAUUCUAAUUCAGAAAUCGAUUAUUGGAGCGACCGCUAGUUUGCUCCAUGACGUGGCUAACUUUUCGCGAAAAGCAGUGCCACUAGAACCUACUAGUUGUACAGGCGUUGAAAUCAACGGUCCUGCAGGUCCUCCAGCGGGAUCAACUACCGCUAACUCAUCAUCUGCUUCUAAGUCUAACGGCGUCAAUAAGAAUAUCGCAACUUCUUCUGCUAGUAAUGCUGGAGGUGCUCUGUUCAAAGCUCCACCUCCGCGACCACCAGUCGAUCAUAUUGAUGCGGUUGAAGCUUCUAGUAAUGACGCGAAGCGAAGGAGGAUAGAUCAGGACCAAAUAGAGGCUCAAGAUCAAGAAGACGAGGCACAACACAUGGAACAAGAACAAGAAGAGCUGCCUUUAGUUGUACCAGCUGCAUUGCUAGAACAGCAAAGCAAAAAUCCUUUCAAGCAACAAAAUCCUUUCGAAGAUCGUUGCAGGAGUAGCGAGAUGGGUGAUGCAGAUCCUGACGACGAUUUUUAUGAGCCAACGCCUGGUGAGGAUAGUCUUCAAGGCGGGCGGGCGAGUGAAAAGAUGUUGAGUCUCGAUGAUCAUGUUGGAGGUACAAAUACAGGUGAAGAUGGUCAUGGCAACUACAAGGUUGAUGAGACUGUAGAAGAGGAAAACGAGGCCGUAGUAGUUGAACAAGUAAAAGAAGUUGUAACAAGUCGGCUUCACAAGAAGGAACUACCAGCGGAAAGGAAAAAGAAGCAGAAGGCACAAGAAGAAAGUUUAGAGUACGAGAGCAGUGCUAGUAGUGCCAGAAGCGAAGAAAUAAGCAGAAGACCUGUUCGUUACUACAACAAGGCAGCUGGAGGUUCGAAUUGCCCGCCAAAUGCUGCAGCCAAAAAUACAACUGGUACAACAACAUCAAGAUCAACCUCUUCUCGCCCUGCCCCUCCUCCGAAGUUGCAGAAGCAAACAUCGAAUAUCCAGCGAGAUGGAUAUGGUAUCUAUGACUAUGUAUAAGUUUGCGUUGAUAAAUAUUAUUAUUGAACAAUAUUAUUCUACGACAUCAUGAUGUGGUUCUCAAAAAUAAAUUCUUUCAUCUUGCUUGUUGAAUAUGAGGUACAAUUAGGCUGAACUACCUCAAGGCUACUUGACCACGUGGCUUAAGAGGGCACACGAAAUGACAUGAUGACAGACCUUGGCUCCUGCUCAGCCUGAAGAUAACGCUAACUGUAAUUUCCUAUGUAUUGGUUCUACAUGUCUCCUUCACCUGCAGGUGCUUCUGGAGGUAGUGAAUCGCCAGGACGUAAUUAUUCACGACCAAGAAGAACAAGAAGGUCGGCGUCGGGGGGAGCUUCCGCUAGGAAGAACAAGAACAGUGGACAACAGUCCGAUCAACCGCUUCAAGGGGGUGCUUCUGCGGGAAUACUAGGCACUUGUUCUCGCCUCAUAGUCCCAACUGCCUGUACUAGAAGUGGUAUAAUGAACAAACAGGCUCCUGGUGUAGUGGUCCACCUUUCAGAACGUAAAGAGCCACAAGAAAAGCCUCCGCACGGGGAUCGUGGUACACCGAACGACCUGGUGAGCAACACUACGAACAAGCACGAACAGUUGAAAGAGAUAGAUUUCGAUCGGAAUCGUCGCUGCCCACAUGGAGACACGUGUCAAGAAUUUAUCGCAACCGGUAAGUGCCCGCUGUACCACCAAGCUAUAGAUCUGCUAAGCAUGCAGGCCGUAAGGCAAGGCAAACACAGGCCACCUCCAUAUACUGCUAGUAAAGGCAAGAAGAACUAUAAUAAGGGUUCAUUCCCACUGCCUCCGGGAGAUCCUUCAUACUACGACAAAUCGAAAUCGUUGGGUGGGAAGGGUACAAUGAAACAAGGGAUAGGGAAGCCUCCGGUUGAUAAGGGCAUCAUUAAAGGUUCUUCUUUCCAGGCAGUAGCCAAGGGCCCUCUGCUGAACGAAGAAGGAGGCAAGGGCAAAGGCAAAGAUGGGAAGAUGAAAAGUGGUAAAAGAUAAUUCUGUUGUCCUUCUUGUUCUCCAUGAUCAUCUAACUAUUUUUCACGAAAACAUGCGUUCUUCUUAUAUCGUCAUCUAUCUUCUAAGUCUCUCGUUUCGGGCUAGUUCUUGUUAAGUUGUAACUUUCCAAAACAUACGUAACCGCACCGCUUCGCUAUUCCAAUCCUUGCGUGAGAUCCAUCUUGUAUACCAACUAUGACGCCCUUGCGGCAGUCUGCACUGAACUUUGUGGUAGGUUCUGACUUAUCGGAACUCGCUCGAACUACAAAAAAAAAAAAGCGAUAUUAAUUGUAUUGUAUUGUAACAUCAACAUGGUGCGUCGACAACUUGUCGGCACUAGUAUGACAACUAGAACAACUCCUGGCCCUCCUCCAUCUCGUACUCUGUCGGCACUAGUAUGACAACUAGAAAAACUCCUGACUUCAACCGGAUUGCCAUCUCCUAC